CUAUGUUGUGAGGAGAGAUCCGUGGUGAGAGAAGAGAUGUCCGUGGUGAGAGUAGAGAGAUCCGUAGUUAGAGGUCCGUGCUGAGAGAACGGUCGCUGGAAGUGGAACGAUGGCUCCAUGUACAAUUACCGCUCCUGGUUGCCGAAUCAGCCGGACAACAACAAGAAGGAGGAGCACUGCGGAGAGCUGUCCUGUAUAGAGAAGUUCAUAAAGUGGAAUGACAGCAACUGCAAGCUGGUCAAACACUACGUGUGCAAAUACAAACCGUGAUCCCUGGUGGAGGACCGGAGAAGACGCUCCAUGUGCCAGACGUGUGCCGAGAGCCCAUCGCUUCUCAAUGGUCAU